GAGGGUCUGUCGGAAAGAGGAUGUGGUGAACUAGUAAAGAGAGAGGCAGAAAAGGGAAGUUCAUUAGUUUGUAAUAAUGUACGCAUAGAGUGAUAGGGACACAAGGAUAUUAAAUUAGAUUGAAUUAAAUAAAGUGUAUUUAUUUUACAAACAGAGCACACCAAUGCACCAGGAAGUGAAUAUUUGGAGACCUGAACCAGACCUGGAGAGAAGCUGUAAACACCGGAAACGCAACAAGAUGAGGAUCCUACUGACAUUCAUCCUCUCCUUCAUGACAGGUUGUGUGAGCUCCUUCAAAGUGACUGGAUACUCUGGAGGAACUGUCAUCAUCCACUGUCAUUUUGAUUACUACAGGGGAGAAAGAGAAAUUGAGAUAUUUUUCUGCAAGGGACGGAAUUUAUUGAGUUGUGUGGAUAAAAUAAGAACUAGUCAGAACACCUGGCAGAACAGAGGUAGAUUCUCUAUGCAUGACGACACUGGGGAAAACUUCUUCAAGGUCGUCAUCAGACAACUGACCAGACAAGAUGAAGGAAUCUACUGGUGUGGAAUGGAUACACUUAAAUCCAACAAAAAUAAUAACAAGGUGGAGCUAGAGGUAAAGGAAGAUAAAUGCUGUAAGAUUUCAGUCACAGAGACGGUCCGUCUGGGAGGAGAAGCUGCCAUCCUCUGUAACUAUCCAAAGAAAUAUGAGAGCAGCAACAAGUAUUUCUGCAAGGAGGACAGCACACCUGACUGCAAAUACAUGAUGUCAGCAAAAUCAUCCUUACAAGAAGGAAGAUUCUCUCUAUCGAAGAAAAGAGCAGAGAAAAGCUUCACAGUGACCAUCAGUGACCUGGCUGAAUAUGAUACUGGGACAUACUGGUGUGGAGUAGAUACCAGGAGGUCUAAUUAUGGUUACAUCACACUGAUCACACAGGUCAACCUACGUGUUUUAAACAUUGCUUGA